CUCCGAGUUUUUCUGCUCAUGUCAUUGUUCGUUCCCUUUGUGCAAUGCAGGAAGGCACACCCCAAAAAGGGGCUUCCGUGUUCCAUCGUUCCCAGGGCGGCCCCGAGGCCUGGCAAGAGGGCCUGAGGGGGCCGGCCGCAGCGAGCGGACGUGCCUGCCGUCCUGGCCUCUCCGUGGCUCGGAGGGGGGCGGCGUGAGAUCGCAGCCCCUCCCUGGGCGUCGCUCGGACGUGUGCUUUUUGUUGCCUCGGCGAGGGCCCUCGAGGAGCAUCCAUCGCGCAGCGAAAGACGACGCGCGCGCGCAGGAGGCCGAGACAUGCCAGGGGGGAGGGGCGACCCCGGGCGACGGGUGGGGCGCUGCAGGUCAAGACCGUGAAGUUCAAGGAGGGGCCCUCCGUCGAGGAGCUCGUCUGCCAGCUCUCGCGCGUGGCCCCGGCGUUGGAGGCCCUGGUGCUCGCGGGCCGCAGCUUCGACCUCGUGCCCGUGUCGGGCUCCAGGGGCCACCGCUGGGCCCGGGCGCGCUCGCCCCUCGACGAGCUCGGGGCGACGCCGCUGCCCCAGCGGCUGCGGGCCGCGCGCGGGGCUUGGAGCGCCCGGCGGGGCGGCCGCUGCCGCCUGCCCCAGGCCCUCCUCUGCGGCCGGGGCGGGGCCAAGGCACACGUCGACAGCCACGUCGACGACUCCUUGAGCGAGCUGCUGGGGUGAGGGCGCCCCGCUGGAGACCCUGGCGUCGCACGUUUUUUCGAUAGAUGAGAGGGCGGUCGCGAAGGGCGGAAGGGCAUGCUCAGCAGCUCCCGUCUUCCGGCCUUUCUUGACCGUGUCUUGCUCUGCCGCCUUCCCUCCAAGGGCGAAGCACUGUGCCGUCGUGAACCGGCAGCGCGCAGUGCUCACGCGGACUUGCCGCGCACGUGCUGCACCCAUGGAGUUGUGCAAAUCGAGUCAUUCGAGCAUGAGUUGCUCCUCGCGAUUGCGGGUGCUGUGGUGUGCAGCGACGUGUGAAAGACAACCGAGUUGGUCGCCGACAGAAAAGGUCCAGCAGACUCUGUCAGGUGCUUGCCCGUUCCGUGCAGUGCAAGAUCGCGUUUUCCAUCGUGUGUCGCAGUACGUAGGCAUCUCGGAAGCGGCGCUCUCUUCGAGCGUCUCGCCGGAUGCAGACAUGAGGCCGAGUCGCGAUCACGCUUUGAUGAUUGCCGCCCUCGGGAUGAGUUUUUUUUUCUGUUGCACCGCCCGGGUAGGGACCUCUGCGGUGCGGCGGACGAAGGCGGGUAGCUUUCUCGUGCCGCUUUUGACCACAGUAUGCUGCGAGCUUGUCCAUUAGGGUUCUCCAGUUGUGCAGUUUUUCCUUCCGCGUCCAUAGACCGGCACUGGUCGCCGAGCGAGUCUGCUGCCAUCAGGCGCUAAACAGUACCACAUUGCCUCCCUCUCCCCGUCACUGCUCAGAA